CACAUACGGUCGGUUUAUAUUUCGGCGGCGCGGACGUGCGCGUUACCGAGAACCCUUUGUGUGGCGGCGUAGAGAAACGCGGUGAGGAUAACCAUGGCGGACGAGAAACCUAAGGAUGUGAAGACAGAAAACAACGACCACAUUAACCUCAAGGUUGCGGGUCAGGACGGCUCCGUGGUGCAGUUCAAAAUCAAGAGGCACACGCCGCUCAGUAAACUCAUGAAAGCUUACUGCGAGCGACAGGGCUUGUCGAUGAGGCAAAUCAGGUUCCGGUUCGAUGGGCAGCCCAUCAACGAGACGGACACACCUGCACAGUUGGAAAUGGAAGAUGAAGAUACGAUCGAUGUAUUUCAGCAGCAAACAGGGGGCCUCUACUGAUUGAAACAACCGGACGACUGAUUAUUUUUUUUUUUUUUUAAUUUUUGCUCAUUUUGAGAACUGUUCCCAUUACCAACACCAAGAAAAAAAAAAAAUCAGUAUAGACUUCAAUCGAGAGGUUUUCACAGUUAUACUAAAGUACUGUUGUAUAGUGUUUCCAUUCUUCUUUUUAUUUUUUGGCUUUGUACAUAAAAAAAAAAAAAAAUUAACCGCAGUGUUGAGAGACACACACACACACACAGUCACAUAUUCAAAUGCUGAAAUUUAGCUUUUCAAUAGCAGCCCUUGUCACAUCUGACCAAUAGUGAUGCUAUUUAGUUGGCUGGGGUUUGUUAGUGGCAUCACCCUGAAAUUAGCAACCCAGUAAAUUAUUUUUUUGUCUCAUUCCAUGGGAGAUUGAGAUUGCUAGUUGUCUGAUUACUGCUUUUCCUUUCUUUUUAUCUUAUCAGAACGGAUGAAUUUUAUAUCUUUUUUUGUUUUUUUUUUAUAUAUUGUAGAGGUUACAUGUAGAAUCUUUUGUCUUAGUAAUAGUAGUUUGAUUAGGCCAAACAAAAUCUAAAAGGGUUUUUUAGUCAAGUCAAACAUCUGUAUUGUUUAAUAAAUUUCUUGUUAAAAUAUA